CAGGAAAUGCAAGUAGUUUGUCUGUAGUGAACGAAUGUGACUAAAUUGACAAAAGCUCUGUUUGGGAAAACUCAAGGUGGCACAGCCAUUGUUUGUUUUGAGAGAGAUGGAUUACCAUUUCACGCCGUAGGUUUUACAAUUAAAGUUACUCUAUUUUUGUGGGAGAAAUGGGUCAUUACUAUGUAUGUGCAUGCUUCUGUUGCUUGUCUGAAGAGGAGAGAAUCGCCAUCGACAUAAAUAAUGAAAUCAAACGCAUCCUUGCGGAGCAGAAGAGGAAACAAAGGAGAGAAAUCAAGGUGCUUUUAUUAGGCACGGGAGAAAGCGGAAAGACGACGUUUAUGAAGCAGAUGAAGAUCAUUAAUGGAAGCGGAUACUCGGAAAAUGAGAGAUGUAGUUACACUAAACUGGUUUUUCAGAACAUCUUCCAAUCUAUGUGUGCAAUGACAGAUGCCAUGAAAACGCUUAAGAUUCCCUACUCCAACCCACAGAACGAGAUUUAUGCCCAGUGGUUCCAGGAUCUGGAUAUACAUCAGAUAACACAGCUUCAGAGAAGUUAUGUAGAGGCUAUUCAUCAUCUAUGGGCAGACAAAGGCUUAAAGAUUUGUUACAGUCGGCGCAGGGAGUAUCAACUGUUAGACUCCACUAAAUACUUUAUUGAUCAUUUGGACCGCAUCGCAACUCAAGACUACAUCCCUACGUCUCAAGAUGUUCUUCAUGUCCGAUUCCCUACCACCGGCAUCACAGACCAUUGCUUUUCUUUGGAGAAGAUAACUCUCAGGAUUGUAGACGUCGGAGGUCAGAGAGGACAGAGAAGGAAAUGGAUUCAUUGCUUUGAAAAUGUGAUGUCGCUCAUAUUUCUGGCCUCCCUCAGCGAGUACGACCAACUUCUGGAGGAGAAUAACAAAGAUAACCGUAUGGAAGAGAGCUUGUCGCUGUUCUACACGACCAUCCACUCAACAUGGUUUGUCAACUCCUCCAUCAUCCUCUUCCUAAACAAAACGGACAUCCUGGCUGAGAAGAUUCAGUUCUCUGACCUAAAAACGUACUUUCCUCAAUUUAACGGAAAACGUCGGGAUAUUCAAGACGCCAUGAAGUUCAUAGAACAAUUAUAUAUACAAAAAGCAGUUUGUAAUGAGACAAAAAAAGAGAAAAAAGUCUACUGCCACUUCACCUGCGCCACAAACACCAAAAACAUCCAGACAGUCUUCACUGAUAUUAAAGAUACGGUCCUCAUCGAUGUCUUAGAAAACUGGGGGAUGCUUUAAUGAGACGCAACUUCACGGCACUCAGCAUCAGACUGUAUUUAUCCCAAUGCCAAUCCAUGAAACAUUCAUAUUUUACGGAGACACGUUUGCAUACUCUUCAGACAAACAAUUUUAUUAAGCAGAAGCAGUUGACAAGAAACUAAGAAAUGAGCAGGCAGGCUUCCACAAAGAAAGGUGCUACAUUGACCAAAUCUUUGUCUUGCGCAACAAUCCAUGGAGUAGCAAAGACAACUCUACAUUAACUUUUCAAAAAACAUUUCAUCAGCAUCCACAGGGACAGCCUUUGGAGUAUAUUUCAGGGCCUACGGCAUAUCUCAAGAGCUGACCCGCUUAUCCAAAACUACUACACUAACGAAGUGAAAUUUGGUUUUGAUAUUGGCAUUACUCUUUAACCUCGUCAUCACCAAACUGAUGAGAAGAAGCUAGAGAUAGAUUGGACAAACCAUCAGGUGAAACAGCCCUUUCAUCCCCAAAACUGCCCUCUAUUGGACCCCUGAUAGAAAGCGCAAGAAAGGAAGGCCAAGGAAUACCUGGCGAUGAACUGUAGAAGGUGAACUGAAGGGCAUGAAGCAGUCCUAGGGCACUGUGAAGAAGAUGGUGCAGGACAGGCAGACUUUUGUUGCGGCUCUACAUGCCAGCCGGUUUAUUGCAAUUUAAAUGUGCUUUUGGUUACAGAUAGCCUGGGAUUACACAAGAUUUGUAUUUUAAAGACAUCCAGUUCGAAAGGAGCAUAGCUUUCUUUUUGGGUUAAAAAAAAAGGACAAAAAGGACACCUUAGCUGAGAAGAUUCAGUUCUCAGAUUUUGUAUAUUAAACGACGUAAAAAAGCUUUAUAUGUGUGAUCUUGUUUGUUAUAUCUGAUCCACUCUUUCCUUUACUUUCUUUUGUGGUUUGGCGCCACCUUCAGGAAAACAUUAAGACAUUUAUGAUGCCUUGCAGUUCAUUGAAAAGGUAGUAGAUUAUAUUUGCAGUCGAUCAACCCUGUUUGUUUACUGGACUGUUCUUGUGUUUUGCCCUUGCCAUACCUGUUUGCUGGUGUUUCGACCCUGCCUGCAUUUUUGAUCACGUCUUUCUAGUAAAGUGUGCAAAUGGAUCCGCACGUCUCUUGUUCCUGCCGACUCGUUACAGGGGCCAUGAUAAUGUUAUGUAAUUUAUAUAUUAUUAUAUAUUAUAUAUUUCUGCUGUGAGACUUCAAUGUAAAUGCCAACUGCCACAAUUGCUUAUGAAAUGGGAAUUACCCUUGGAAACCUUUACUGCAUUGUUACUAUAACAACUGCAGAAAUGAAUUGUUUGUGAAAAGUUUUGAUUAUAAUGUUCAUCGAAGGUAGCGCUGCACUGUAGAAGAACACAGUCGUUUCUACUAAGCACAUGAUGCAACGAUUUCCUUAUUACAACACGAUUUCUGCAAUCUCACAAAAUACUUUCAUCAUACAGUAACAAACACAGUGGUAACUAAGAGACUUGUUGAGCAGUGCAAACUGUGAUACUGAUUAUAAAAUGGGAGUUUUGUGUGAAAAUUAAAAAAAUCAAAUAACUAAUA